UUGAAACUUUUCAUUUCUUAAUGGGUUUUCAAUCAAGUGUUUAUUUUGUUAAAUUUUAAAGCUAAAAAUGUAGCUUAAGUCAUUUCUUAUCUGUUCUUCUUUAUUAUUAUUAGAUAUUAGGUCCUUAAGAAUCAGUCUAUUGAUUUGGUUAUUGUUAUUGUUUAAGGUUUUAAUGGCAUCUCCUUCAGAUAAAUGGAUAAAAGAAUACAAUGAUGCAAUAAAAAUUGCAGAUGAUAUCAAUGGCAUGAUAUCCGGCAAGGGUUCCUUGCCUUCGUCCGGACCGGAAACACAGCGUCACGCUUCAGCUAUUCGAAGGAAGAUUACGAUCUUAGGGACUCGACUCGAUGGAUUGCAAUCCCUCUUGUCUAAACCUACUGGGAAGCCAUUAACAGAUAAGGAGAUGAAUCGACGCAAAGACAUGGUCACGAAUUUGAGAUCAAAAUCGAAUCAAAUGGCUUCGGCAUUCAACAUGUCGAACUUUGCUAAUAGGGACAGCUUACUAGGGCCAGAAACUAAGCCAGAUACUAUGAGUAGAACAAUCGGUUUGGAUAACUCCGGCCUUAUCGGUCUUCAACGACAACUAAUGAAAGAGCAAGAUGAGGGUCUCGAGAAGUUGGAGGAAACACUCGUAAGCACGAAGCACAUCGCAUUAGCGGUCAGCGAAGAACUUGAUCUGCAUACCACACUAAUUGACGACCUCGGGCAACAUGUCGAUGUCACCGAUUCUCAUCUACAGAGAGUGCAGAAAAACUUGGGAAUUAUGAACAAGCCCAUCAAUGGCGGAUGGUCGUGUAUGUGCAUGCUUUUAGCUGUCAUUGGAAUUGUGGUUCUGCUUGUCCUUAUAUACCUACUCAUCAAAUACUUGUAAGAGAUAAUAUCACAUUUCAUAACAGUACUUUAAUAGGAUGUUUAAUGUGGUACAUGAAUUAUUAAUAUGUGUUUUAUUAUAGUACAUGUCUAAUGUAGUAUUUAUACUUUGAAAAUGUCUAAUGUGAUACAUGAACUAUCAAUAUAUGUUUUAUUAUGGUA